CAUGCCCCCACGCGGCUGACACUGCCGCCAUGUACUCCCCGUACUGCCUCACCCAGGGCACCUGACCUUCCAGGACUGCUUCGUGACGUCGGGCGUCUGGAAUGUGACGGAGCUGGUGAGGGUGUCCCAGACCCCUGUGGCGACGGCAUCAGGCCCCAACUUCUCGCUGGCUGACCUGGAGAGCUCGGGGGGCUACUACAACAUCAGCCCCGUCGCCCUUGGCCGCCGACCCCUGGGGCCCCCUGCCGCCAGUGGCCCGAAGCGCCCCAAGGCGCUGGACGAGGGGGACCUGGAGGGUCCGGGGGAUGACGUCUUCUACCCCGGGCCGGGGCGAUCCCCAGCCCCUGGCAGCAGCCAGGGACCCUGGGGGGGGGACGUUGACACUGGCCCGGCAGCGCUGAAGAAGUCGGGAAAGUUGGAUUUCUGCAGUGCCCUGUCGGGGCACGGGGCUGCCCCCCGCAUGGCCUUCGCCACCCCCCUGCCUGUCCUGGCUGGCGUCCGCCCCGGCAGCCCGCGGGCCACGGCCUCGGCGCUGCACUUCCCGUCGGGGUCCCUCCUGCCCCAGUCGAGCCCCUACUUCGCCCACCCCACCAUCCGCUACCACCACGGGCAGGACUCGCUCAAGGACUUCGUCCAGUUCGUCUGCGCCGACGGUGCCGCCCAGGGCCCGCUCUCCCCGCAGCAUUCGCAGCGUCAGGCACCGCCGCUGCCCCCCGCCUUGUCGGCCUCGGACCCCGCGACGGCAACUUUCUGACCCUCCCCCCAGCAGCAGGUAGGACCCUCCCCCCCCUCCAAAACACUUGUGGGUCCCCUUCCCAGACACUGGGGUCCCCCCCCAUGCUCAUGGCCCCUCCCCACUUGUGGGUACCCCCAACCCGUGGGUCCCCUCCUAGACACCUGGUUUCCUUCCCCCCAUGGGUCCCCUCCACGGGAGGGGACAUGCAACGAGAAACGUGGUUCCCCCCUACACUUGUGUGUCCCCUCCCAGCGGGGGUGGGGCGGGGGUGUCCCACUCGUGGGUCUCCCCAGUGCUUGCAGGUUUGUGUCCCCCCAACUAUAGGUCCC